CUGCUACACUGCUAGCACCCAGAUCUAGCUAGAUCAUAGAUAUAGAUGAUACAUUGAUUAUUUGAUAGAUCUAAAAAAAAAAUGAUCUAGAUGAUAACUAGAUCUAAUUUAGAUUCUAAAUGAUAAAGAGUAAAGUAGUAAAGACUUAAAUUUAAAUAUUACCAUGGCCAUGGAAUUACAAAAUAUGCUUAAAUUAACCAUAAAAACGUUUGACACUUCAACUCCUGGUGUUAAGGUGACACUGACCAGUCAAAAUGGCACAGUUCUCUCUUGUGAUGUUUUAAGAAAAGUUGGAGAUGUUCUAGGUUUGAAGAAAGAAAGUCUCUGCCAUUUUGUAAUUUGUCAAGGACUAGAAGCACCAAUCCGAUGUUUCAAAAAAGGGGACAUAAUCCUUGACGAUCAACAGGAUUUAUCCCUCCAAAAAUGGUGUUUUGAUUUGAAAGAAGAGAGAAAUUUAAUCCAAAAAGAUCCAGUAGCAACAAAUUUGAUUUUUUUCCAAGCUCAUCAUGAUAUACUUACAGGGAAACUCAAACCUACCAAGGAACAAGAAGAAAGACUUAGAGAUUGUCUUGACCCAGACUUCCCAGCAGAUGGCCAGUACAUUAAAUUAUGUCAGAACCUCCCUGGCUACAGUAGCAUCCAGAUUUCAGGCUGCAAUAUCAUUGAAUCUCUACCUACAGUUCUCGCUGUGUUUCCCUACCCCUCCACUGUUGAUGUUGUCCUGUCUAGGUUUGGUUUGAACUUUAUUUCUGACAAUAGUAGCAAGUUUACUUGGUAUGACCUAAUGAUGUGGUGUGUGAACCAUCAAAGACAAACUAUUGUGUUUACAUUCAAGAGACAUAACUCUCAAGUCAUGUCUGUUCCAUUGUUCACCAAACAGCUUCAGUUUAUGACUGCCGCCAUGAUGGAAAUGUUGAGACUUUUACAGACCUAUGACAGUGAUUCAGACACAGCAUUCCAUGCGGAGAUGAUAGUUACACAAGAAGAUGGCAGUGUAGAAUGGACCAAUUGUUUUUAUGAUCCCUGCAAGUCAGCCUUGUAUGCAGACCAACUGUGAUAACUUGUAGAUUGGUAUUACAUAAAGUACUUUACAUCCAAAAGUAAUUUUAGCCAUUUAUGAAUGUAUAAUUAUGGAAU